CCGGUGGCAGUGCGACCCGCGGACACGCACCGUGCAGGCGCCCGAACAGCCACCGCUAGACAGGCGCCAACUCCUGCCUUGCCCCGACCGCCGGCGCGACCAUGUCCCAUCACUGGGGAUACGGCAAGCACAACGGACCAGAACAUUGGCAUAAGGACUUCCCCAUUGCCAAGGGAGAGCGUCAGUCCCCUGUUAACAUUGACACCAAAACAGCCAAGCAUGACCCUUCUCUGAAACCUCUGUGCCUUUGCUAUGAGCAACCGACUUCUCGGAGGAUCCUCAACAAUGGUCAUUCUUUCAACGUGGAGUUUGAUGACUCUCAGGACACUGCAGCGCUGAAAGGGGGACCCCUCGAUGGCACCUACAGAUUGAUUCAGUUUCACUUUCACUGGGGCUCAUCUGAUGGACAAGGUUCUGAACACACUGUGGAUAAAACAACGUAUGCUGCAGAGCUUCACUUGGUUCACUGGAACACCAAAUAUAAGGAUUUUGGAAAAGCCGUGGAACAACCUGAUGGGCUGGCUGUGUUGGGCAUUUUUCUGAAGAUUGGCAGUGCUAACCCAGGCCUUCAGAAAGUCCUCGAUAUGCUGGAUUCCAUUAAAACAAAGGGUAAGAGCUCUGACUUCACUGGCUUUGAUCCUCGUGGCCUCCUUCCUAAAAAUCUGGACUACUGGACCUACCCUGGCUCACUGACCACCCCUCCUCUUCUGGAAUGUGUGACCUGGAUUGUGCUCAAGGAACCCAUUAGUGUCAGCAGUGAGCAGAUGUCAAAAUUCCGUCAACUUAACUUCAACUUCGAGGGUGAACCUGAAGAGCUGAUGGUGGACAACUGGCGACCAGCUCAGCCACUAAAGAACAGACAAAUCAAAGCUUCCUUUAAAUAAGAUGGUCCCAGAGCUGGUACACAAACAGUCAAUCUUCAGAUGUUUCCCUUUAGCUAAGCACAAAUCUACCUUCGUGAUAUGGACCCUGGCUGCUUUGUGUCUGGUUUUCUGGACCCUUCACCUCUCACUUGACAUGCUUACUGAAUAAAUGUGAAGAGUUAGACCAAG